AUGCCACGCCCUCAAAUUGACCUGGAGCCUUACAGGGAGGAGAUUACUCUCUUAUAUUCUCAGAAUGCACGUAUUGCCAAUAUCCAGACCAUCAUACAAAGCCACGGCGUCAAUAUCUCACUCCGCACGCUCAAAACUCGCCUUUCUUCCUGGGGCCUACGGCGCCAACUACCUAGCCAAAAUGAAGCUUUGCACGCUCGCCUUCUCACACUAAUUACCGAGGCAGGUUUAUCGGCUAGAGAAACACUCGAAGUGCUACAGAAAGAGGGAUUCCGGGUCUCUGAACCUACGCUUGAAAGGUUACGAAAACGGCUUGGAAUUCAGCUUCGUACAAACUGCCCGCUUCAGCGGCAGCAGCAACGGCUCGAAAUCGAGGUUCUCUUGACUGAGGAGCUUGGAAUUGGCGAUGUCGAAGGCUAUGGGCGUCGGAUUCUCUAUCACCACCUUCGCCGGCAUGGUUUUCUUUUCCCACAGCACCGAGUAUUCGAAGUCUACCGCUCUCUUCGCCCUGACUCACUCCUCCGCCGAUCAUACGAUCUCCAGCGCUCCCGCGGCGAGUAUUGGUGCCCUGGGCCGAAUUUCGUGUGGCAUGUGGAUGGUUAUAUGAAGCUAGCGCAGUUCGGGGUUGAGGUUUAUGCUGCCAUUGAUGGGUACUCUCGGUAUAUUCUCUGGAUAUACGUGGGAAUUAGUACUCGUACCGCAGUGAGCGUUCUCUCUCAGUUUCUUGACACCCUCGCCGAGCUCUCCUACCAACCGGAGAUUAUUCGGUCUGACCUCGGCUCGGAGACCUCCCCUUAUUGGGGAUGCACAAUGGGCGCUGCGGCAGAGGCUUGGUGGGCGCAGUUAUCUAAGUCGUGUACUUUUCUCUAUUACCAAUAUUUCCGGGAGCUCCGGGAACAAGGUCUCUUCUCCGGCUCUAUCCCUGAGCAGGUCGCCCUUCUUGCGGUUUAUAUGCCUACGCUCCGCCGGGUUAUUGGUGAGUACGCUAAGACCUGGAAUAUUCAUAAUAUCCGCAAGCAAAAGUCACGGCCGAACGCCGUUACUGGGAAGCCUUUUAUGAAUUAUUUUAAUGCGUCUAAGCCGGAUUACCAGCGCGCAGUUGAUCAGAUGCUGCUUCGCGAGCUCCAGGAGGACGUCCGGGACUGGGAUAAAGAUGAAUAUUUACCCCCUGAUGUCCUUGCUUGGUGCCACCAGCAGCUUCAGGAGAUUGGAGCCGAGCUUUAUGGGCCUGGAAAUGGCUUCAAUCCUGAUAAUCCUCCGUCUCGUGUUCCAGAGGAAGUUAGCCAGCCUUACCGGGUCGAAUAUCUCGAACUCCGCCGCCGUGCUCUUCUUCAUGACCAAUUAGAUGAACAUCCAGUGCUCUGUCUUACUACGAAACCCCUCGGUGCAUGGGAUUGGGAGCCUGGAGAGGCACAGGAAGGCUAG